UCUGAUGCAAAAUGGCAGAAAUUGAAAAUUAUUCAAAAUCUCAAAAUUGAUACAUUUUCACUAUUUGACACUAACUUAAGAAGUAAAACCACUGCAAAACGAAACUACGACAUACAUAAAUAUGGACAGAAACAUGGAGAUCGUGGAGCAGUAUAAUAUUGACGGUCAGCGGAGGGGUAUGAUUAGUUAAGUCAUAGAUAAGCAGUUCAGAUGUUUGAGCUACUGAAAUUGGAACUUGACUACACUUGAUACAGUGUUGAGAAAUAGCUUUGUUUCCAUGGUGACUAAUUAAACAUAGCACAAUGGCAUAGUUAUAGGAAUAACAAACUCAUAUUGUUUAUACUAAUAGCUUAAGAGACAAGAGAGCGCUGGAUUAGAGAAGAUAGAACAUAUAUUUUUAUGCAUUAUUUAUUAUCGAAAGUGUAGUCAAUUUAAUACAUACAACAGUAUUUAUAACUUAUACAUUGAAGCAGUGGCAAACAUAGAGAGAAACAUAGUAACGUUAUACUGUUAAUUGUGCAGUAACCAUGGCGAAAUGUUGCAUUGAACAGUUGAAGCAGUGUAGUAAAUAUGAUUUGCAUCUACUUAUGAGGAUUAUUGCCAUUGCGUUGGGUGUUUAUACCGUGACAUUUUUAAUUGUUCUACCCUGGAUUUGUAAUGAGUGGGCGUAUAGUAAAUAUUUCCAAGAUUCCAACACUAGAGAGAAACAGUUACGUAACAAGGUUGACAAAAUAAAUACUGAACGACUAUCUAAAGCGAAGGAAUAUUUUAAUCAAAGUGAUCCUGAGGAAUCCAUAAAGUUUUACAAGUUGCUUGAAAUGAAUAGCCAUAUUGACAUUGCGGUGGGCGUCGUUACUGUAAAACGAACACAUCCAAAGCUUGAAUUAGGAUAUCUUACUCAGGUCAUGCAAGCUAUUGAUAGUAUAUUCAAGACACACUCUAAAAAUUUAAACAAUGUUCUUUUUAUCUGCAACACAGAUGACUCUCCCAAGGAUUAUCAUGAAGCAAAAUAUUUAUCAGAGUUCGUCCCCAUGCAUAUCCUUCCACAUUACAAACAAGGUCCAUCUGAUAAAUUCAGUAAAGAAACAUCUGAUUAUGCUUUCUGUUUACAAGCAGGACUUGAUUAUAACCCAGAUUAUGUUCUUAUUAUCGAAGAUGACACAAUACCAUAUAAGGACAUAUUUACUGUGAUAGAACAUAGUCUAGCUAGGUUACGAUCUCAGCAUUAUAGUCAAAGUAAAGACUGGUGCUACCUGAAACUGUUCUAUCCACAGAAGUGGCAGGGAUACGCAAAUGAAUUAAUGACAAUUAUUGAAAUAAUAGGUCUCGCUGCAGUUGGUGGAUGCGCUACAGUUGCCGUAUUAUUUGUAUCUUCUAAACGAGUUACGUCAAACCUCACAAAGUGUAUCUGCUUUGUUUUAGGUGCCAUUUACAGUGUCUUAUUUUGUGUCAUGAUAGGCAGACAGUAUUUUCUUGAACUAAGGAGAUUAUUGUCACCAUGGCUUUACCGGGUUAUUAGUGCACCCGACUGCUGCUCCCCUGCUAUACUUUAUCCUCAGCAUAUCCUUAAUCAACUUAUUCCAUUCCUGAAUAGUACCAUUAGUAAUAAAGACAAGCCCUUUGACUAUGCUUUGGAUGACUUUGUUAGACUUCACAACUAUGAGCAGUACCUUGUAGAACCUAAUUUACUAAACCAUAUAGGCAUGUAUUCAUCACUAAAAGCCCAGUCAUCAGAUCCUGAAAUGUUUUUAUAGCACCCUUGGGGAUUUUCCGGGCAGGCGUACAGGCGUCCCAAUAAAUCUUGAUAUAGAUAUCAUUUGAGAAUCAUAUAUUACAUAUAUUUAUUUGAUGGUAUAUAAAUUUUGCAGAUUUCAAAUUUUAAAAGAUAAAUGAGUUUGUAUCUAUUUUGCUAGAACUCUUAUGGCUCACUCUAUUGACCAAUCAUGUACAUUGGCUUUCCAAUUGAUA